CAUAAGCUCUGCAAGACUGCAACAAAAUAAAACAAAAACACAAGCACUGUGCCAUAAGUACCCUCAUCUCCCCUUCGCCGCUCCUCAUUUUCUCGCAGCACUCUAACUCUCCUCCUCGCUCUCCCCGCUGUUCCACCGUCCCGGGGACCGCAACCCCUCGCCGGCGCGCUGAGACCUAAACUCGCCCCACUCGAGCGUGGGGAACCCCGGCGCAUGCGCGCCGCCUCGUAGCCUAGGCCGCCGGCGAUCGCUGGGGUUUUGGGGAGCGCGGCUGUUCCGAGCGCCGGAGACGACGGCGGCGCGGGAGGGAGAUGGCGGUGGCGGGGAAGGGGUGGGCCGAGAGGGCGAGGCGCGGUGUGAAGACCGUCUGGUUCAUGGUGGCCAUGGUGGCGUCGCUGCUGGUGGCGUCGGCGCCGGCGCUGGUGGCCGCGGGCGACGUGGCCGUGGCGCUCUGGCUCGAGGUGCGGCUCGGCUGCGUCGGACGCCGCUGCAUCCAGGGCCGACUCCAGCGCUACGGUUUCCGGAGCUCGCUCGCAGACAUACCGCUCGUCUCCGUCGUUCGAUCCCUCGUCAUCAGCUGUGUAUACCUCAUGUCUGAUACUUCUGGCCUCUCUCACGGCCCUUACCUUGGAACAACAACUUUCUGUUCCUUGGCUUCUUUGCUCAUCUUGAUAAUUAAGGCCUCUGUUUAUAGUCCGGGGCAGGACAUUGGGCCUGAGCUCUCUCCGUCAUUGGCGGAUCACAAGCUUAAUCUCAAGAAGCUAUGGGGAAUGCCGGUGCUUUUCCUGUCUUCCUUGGUGUUUGCUCUUGGACACGUUAUUGUUGCUUACAGAACAAGCUGCAGGGCUCGGAGGAAGCUUCUCAUUCACCGCAUUGACCCUGAAUCGAUUUUGGCAUGCAAGAAUGCCUUUUCUGGAUGCUACAAGGUUCCGCGGUCUCCUACACCAUACAGUGGAAAGAUUUUUUCAAGGAUUGAAAGUGAGACAAAGAGGAAAACAAUUGUCCAUGAUGACCGCGAUAUGCCUAUCAGUUUUCUUGCAGACAGUGAUAGCAUGUUCAUUGCUUGCCAUGGGAUCACUGUACACUACAAAAUUUCCUAUCCUUCAACCUGCUUAUCUUCAGCCUCUGACUCCUUUACAGAAAGAGAUACUCAUCAUGAUGCAAUUUCAUCAAGCAUUUCUCCUAGAAGACAGAGACAUGAGAGCCCUCCGUCUGCUUCGUCUAAUACCCGCCGCCUUCUGAAUAGGAGCUUUAGCCAUCAAUAUAAUCAAACCUCACUCUAUGCGCCAUUAUUGGUAGAACCAGUGACAUCUCCAACUCUGUCAGAUAAAAUCCCUCUUAUGAGCCUUGAUGAUGGCAGUGCUGAUGUAUGUUUGAAUCCUGUGGGCUUUGAUCUUGAAGCUGGAGAGCAGGGUAAAUUUGCUGUAGUUCUGGUGCAUGGGUUUGGUGGGGGGGUAUUUUCGUGGAGACAUGUUUCUAAUUUGCUAGCUCGACAAGUGGACUGCACUGUGCUGGCCUUUGAUCGCCCAGGAUGGGGAUUGACAUCUCGGCCUCGCAGAAAGGACUGGGAGGAUAAGAAGUUACCGAAUCCAUACGAGCUAGAGUCUCAGGUUGAUCUUCUUAUUUCAUUUUGCUUAGAGAUGGGCUUGAGCGAUGUGGUUUUAGUUGGUCAUGAUGAUGGGGGCUUGCUUGCCUUGAAAACUGCAGAGAAACUGCGCACUUAUGGAGAUCAUAGAAAGGUUGAAGUGAAGGGAGUUGUUCUUAUAGGUGUAAGCUUAUCAAGAGAAGUCAUUCCUGCAUUUGCUGGUAUACUCCUGCAUACACCUCUGAGGAAAAAGCACAUGGUCCGUCCACUUCUACGUACUGAAAUCACUCAGGUGAUCAAUCGACGGGCAUGGUAUGAUGCCACAAAGUUGACAACUGAAGUUCUGAAUUUGUACAAGGCUCCACUAUUUGUUGAGGGCUGGGAUGAAGCACUUCAUGAAGUAGGUCGGCUUUCAUUUUCUACUGUCCUAUCAUCAAAAAGAGCAGCAGAUUUACUAAGAUCAGUGGAAGACCUCCCUGUUCUUGUGGUAGCGGGCUCUGAGGAUGCUCUUGUUUGUGUGAAGUCAGCGCAAGCUAUGGCUUCAAAACUUGUAAAUUCUAGGAUAGUAACUAUCUCAGGAUGUGGGCAUCUGCCACAUGAGGAGUGCCCCAAGGCGUUGCUCUCGGCUCUUUCUCCGUUCAUCUCUAGAUUGGUACCCUCAGAAGAUUCAUUGCAAAGACUGUAAUGUAUAUUUGUUCACCCACCUUUUCUUUUUCUUUUUCUUUUUGAUUUCCCACCCCCCACCCCCCUGUGCUUCUGAGUUCUGCCCUACGCAUGAGUAGGCCUCUCUAGUUGGUGUGAGUUCGUGUGACCCAAUGUAGUGCAAAAGUAGUGGAGCCUGACCCAAAAUCUCAAGGGUUCCUAGAGCUCCCCUCAUUUUUUGUUACAUGUAAUGUUGCCUCCGAGUGAUUUCAAUCGAGCAAGUUGAAUC